GCACAGGCAAAUAAGCUUCCUGCCGCAUCGCUCGUGCAGAAGUUGAGCAACAUUCACGCAGGAAACGCGUGAACUUCGCGCGUUAUGCGCAUAAUGUACGCAUAAUUUGGAUAUAUUAAUGUUCGCCUACUCUUUCUUGUGUUAGCUGUAGCGGCUGUAGUGGACUGUUCGCCCUGCUGAUCAGUCCAUGGCAGCCGGCUAUCGAUCAUAAGCGUGUGAAAGAAGCAAUUUAACGUCGCCAUGGCUGACACUGUGGCUGUUUGGGAAGUUCCAUUCAGUGACAAGAUACACAAGAUCGAGUUCGAACACGGAACAACCACCGGGAAAAGAGUAAUCAAAGUGGAUGGAGAGGAGGUCGUGCGACGCGACUGGAUGUUCAAGCUUGUCGGCUCGGAGCCCUUUGAAGUGGGUCGGGCGAAGUGCAUGGUGACGAUCAGAGCGUUGAGCGGCUUCACUUACGAGUAUUCGCUCAUCGUUGAUGGCAAGCAGCUGGACAAAUUUAGAGAGAGGCAGUCUAAAAUACUUAACACGUGGAUAGUAAAUCUCCUUGAGCAACCGACAAGGGUUGUCCUAGAGAAGGAUACACUGGACGUAUAUGUGAAUGGAGAAAAGGUUGAUGUUGUGCCGGAAUUUGUGGAUGGAGGAACCGAGACCCAUUUUCAAGUGGGGCCCUACCAGGCUUACAUCACUGCAGCAAGCAGCGGAAGGAAAAAAGAAGGCAUUUUGCACACGCUGGUUGUUGAAGGACACGAGAUUCCGAGCUGCACUGAAUGAACCAUGCCAGGCAGUUUGAUGAAGCACAGGUCAAGCAAGUGUGCCUUCAGCACCACCCAGUCACGCAAAAAGUGACUGUGUGUAUCCUGUACACUGCUGAACCUCCCAUUAUUUGUUGUUGUUGGCUAGCACUAUUUGAAUGCCACAGCGAGAGGCAAAUGCACAGGGAAACCGUCGAGUUUUAUUACAGUUCAGAAAAGCAGACUAGUCAUUGAAGGUGUUGUGUACAACAGAUGUCAUCAAAGUAGCCAUUCAACUAACAAGUACAAAGCACAUUUAAAAAGCAGCUGAUGGUAAAUGUUACAUGUAGUCUUAAUGUUUUUAUUGCAAAGAAAACUGCCGCCUAGAGGUACGAGUGCUAGUAGGUUUUUUUGUGAAGACUUAUGUAUACUACUAGUGUUGAGAUAAAAUAAGCACAACAAAUAUGUGAUAAAUGGUAUUAAACUUGGAAACUCAACUGAACUAAGCAGCAACAUUGUAUUAAUGCAUAGACCAUAUACCAUAUACAACAUACGUGGCAUUUGAGAACCAUACAACGUAAAAGGUAGCAGUCACACUUUUAUUCGAUUGGCGUGGCGAUCAUAUGUUUAUGUUGUAGUUUUUUUUUAAGAUUUUGCCAUAUUAGUUAACUCUUUUACAUAAGAAAUGUUACUGCAAUAGUAUUUAUCAGUUGUUUAUCCAAUUGAGAAAUGGAAAAAUAUAUGCUGGUCAAGACGUCAUACUUGCAACCAGCAAAAUCUGCAAGAAAUCAGCUGGGCUGGUUGAGAACUGCACUAACAGCAACCCUAGUGACAUGAAAUGAAAACUGACAGGUUGACAACUGGUCAAGUCGGCACAAAUUCAUUGCUACAAACUACACGGCAUACUGGAAACAAAGAAUGUGAACAAACAAGUGUCUCUUUGUGUGUUCCUGUUCCUUUUUUGUGUCCAGCAUGUCAUGUAGUUUGUCUUUUCCAUCAAUUAAUCUCAAAUAAUAAUGUAAUAGAUGGGACAUGAAGAAAGAAAAAGUAAACAAGAGCUUGUUUGUUCCCUUAUUUUAAACCGAAGCUUUUGUGCAUCUUCCACUGCUGCUGUUGGUGUCUUGCACGCCACAUCGGGAGGUGGUUCAGAGCAUAUAUAUACAUGGCAGGAGUGCGGUUGAGAGGAAAGGUGACGUGCGAAACUCGUUUGGACCUUUCCAUCGCGUCGCCACAAUGCCCUCUGGAGCUCCCUGGACAUCACCACAAUAACUGCUAGACUGUUGUAAUUAUCCGUGACCCCUCCGCAAAAGCAUUGCAAUAACUGCACCGCUUCCUUUGUACUAACACGCAACAGUCCAGAGAGGAGGUAGAUAGAAUGGUAGAGAGAAGGCAGAGAAUGGGUAGAACCGACACAGUCACAAAACGAGUGAAUAACAGCCUUGCCACUCUUCGCUCUCAGCUUGCAUACAUGGGGGAAGGGCAGGAGUAGGAAAA